AUUUCAUCAAAUAAAAAACAAUAUAGGGUAUCUUAGAAUCUCACUCUCUCGUCUUCCCAGCUUCUGCAGCGUUGAACUUCUCCUCCAAGCUACAGGUCCUGUUGUUUAUGGGCCACAGUUAUUUUGUGAAUUUGAUUUUCGCCAUCGUUGUUUGGACUUCUGCUUACAUUGCUGUUGCAGUUCUCGCUUCUUUUCGAGCCGUCAGUUACCUUUGCACCACUUUCUGAACUCCGCGAAGAAUCAAUGGGUUAUGCACAGCUUGUUAUUGGUCCUGCCGGUAGUGGCAAGUCUACGUAUUGCUCGAGUUUGUUCCAACACUGUGAAACUGUGCGACGAUCAAUACAUAUUGUGAACCUUGAUCCUGCUGCUGAGAAUUUUGACUAUCCUGUUGCAAUGGAUGUAAGGGAACUCAUUUCGCUGGAUGAUGUUAUGGAGGAGCUUGGAUUGGGUCCUAAUGGUGGCCUUGUAUACUGCAUGGAACACCUUGAAGAUAACCUCAAUGAGUGGCUCGAUGAGGAGCUGGACAAUUAUUUAGAUGAUGAGUACUUGGUUUUUGACUGCCCUGGUCAGAUAGAACUUUACUCACAUGUGCCAGUAUUCCGGAAUUUUGUUGAACAUUUGAAGCGGAGAAAUUUUAAUGUCUGUGUUGUGUACUUGCUUGAUUCACAGUUCAUGGUAGAUGUGACCAAAUUUAUAAGUGGAUGCAUGGCUUCCCUUUCUGCAAUGGUUCAGCUUGAACUACCUCAUGUCAAUAUCCUCUCAAAAAUGGACCUUGUGAAAAACAAAAAGGAUCUUGAAGAUUUCUUGGAUCCAGAACCCCAAUUUUUACUGUCUGCAUUGAAUCAACAUAUGGCUCCUAAGUAUGCAAAGUUGAAUAAAGCUUUGAUUGACCUUGUGAGUAGUUAUAGCAUGGUGAGUUUUAUACCACUGGACUUGAGGAAAGACAAAAGUAUAGAAUAUGUGCUGGGUCAAAUUGACAACUGCAUUCAGUAUGGAGAAGAUGCUGAUGUGAAGGUUAGGGAUUUUGAUCAAGAGGAAGAUGAUUAGCUUAUGUUCGAUUGCAUCAAUGCUUGGUGUGAUACAAAGUUCAAUCUUCACUAUGACUUAAUGGUUAUCAAGGUCAAAUUGUUAAUAAUACAUUAUUUUUUGGUUAGAAUGUUUAGUUUGAGUUUGCGAAGGGUGCUUAGUCAAUACUUUGCUGUUACUGUUUGCUUAAUUACAACAACAGAAACAUAUUUAAACCUGGAAACCUUGUUACUAAUUCUGAUAGCGUUCUAAAUCUUUGGAUCCUAGAAUGAAAGCUUGUUGAAGAAGCAGGUAGAUAUUGAUUUUUC